UCUGCAAAUGUUACAACACCAACUGAAAUUUCCUCUUUUCUUUCUUUUCUGCGUGCCUUGCAGAUCCCUUUGCGUCAGAAGACGAGGAAGAAAAAUCAAGGUGUUUACAGCAUGAGUCGCCGAAGGAUCUCAUGUAAGGAUCUCGGACUGGCUGAUUGUCAGGGAUGGCUGUAUAAAAAAAAGGAAAAAGGAGGCUUUAUUGGCAACAAAUGGAAAAAGUUUUGGUGUGUCCUGAAGGCUUCAUCAUUAUAUUGGUACAGCAAUCAACUGGCAGAGAAAGCAGAAGGCUUCCUCAACCUUCCAAACUUCACAGUGGAUCAAGCAACAGAAUGCAAGAAAAAACAUGCGAUGAAGAUCACACAUCCACAGAUCAAGACAUUCUAUUUUGCAGCAGAAAAUGUGCAAGAAAUGAAUAUAUGGCUAAAUAAAUUAGGCGUGGCAGUCCUAGACAAACAGGCUAAUAAAAAGAAUGAAGAAGAAUGCUAUAGUGAAAGUGAGCACGAAGAUCCAGAAAUAAAUGCAGAGACACCACCCCCUCCAUAUUCAGAUCAAUUGCUGCUGUCUGAUUUGGCCCGAGAAGAGCUUUCCUCAAUAUCGCAUCUUUCAAAUGAAGUACCACAUUCCUUAUCUUCCCCAGAAAGCAGUUCAAUGAAAACCCAACACUCCUCUUCCUCAUUGUGCAACCUGUUGCAUUCGGAGAGGCAGUCGUGGCUUGACUUAAUUAGCAGCUCUUCUGCUCAAGGAGAAGUGGACAAUCAACCUCCAGCUGCCUGUGGUGACUCUGCAGUUACUGAUUGCCGGUUGACAGACUGUAAUGAAACAGUGGAAAGUUUCAGCUCCGAGGAAAACAUUCAGAAUACAGCGAACGAAGACAGUUCUUCAUUAGGCAAUGCGGAUAAUAACUUAGCUGUACCUGGAAAAAUAGCAUCGGCAACUCUAAGUAAAGAUUGUAUCAAAUGUUCUGUGGAUGAAAUGGAGAAACUGUACAAGUCUUUAGAGCAAGCAAGUUUAUCUCCCAUUGGGGACCGGCGACCUUCUACUAAGAAAGAGUUGAGAAAGUCCUUUAUCAAAAGGAGUAAAAACCCUUCUGUAAAUGAGAAACUUCAUAAAAUCCGAGCUCUGAAUAGUACCUUAAAGUGCAAAGAACAUGACUUGGCCAUGAUAAACCAGCUGCUGGAGGAUCAUCAGCUAACAGCAAACAAGUAUAGAGAGUGGAGGAAUACAAACUCCAUUUUGAUUCAAGAUAUCUACCAGCCACCAGACAGUCUGACUACAACUGCAGGAGAGAACACAGAAUCAGAAAUGACCACACAGCCAUCUUGCAUUGGAUGAUUAGUAUUCAAUGGAAAUACUAUUUGAAGACAGUGAAUUUUCCAUCACUGAUUUCUUCAGUCAUUCAGUUUAAACUGCUACAUCUUCAGGUUUUGCUUCCAUUGGUACUUGUACUUUCUGUACUGGAGCAGAGCAGCCCUGGAUGAACCAAUAAGCAAGAUAAGCACAUGCUUAGGGUACCAAGGAAAGGGAGGCACCGUAGAGUUUUUUCUCCUAGUGAUCAUGCCUUUAAUUUGUUCACUGCCACACUCAACUUUAGUUUUCAGCACUUACUAAUAUAUUGUCAUUUAAGCAAUGGAAAAGUUGAAGAGCAACAUUGGGUUUAG